AUGCGUGUUAAACGGCCCGCUCGCCAGUCCACAUAUGAUCCAAUCCUAAGAAUACCUUCCAAUAAUCAUACAACUACAACACAGAUCCCAUAUCUUUUAACCUCCCAACUAAUCGAGAACAGCAAAAACAACAAAAAUAACAAUCAUAUGACAUUAACCGAAAUCAAUGCCACCAAUACCUCACUAUUCAAAUCGGCAAAUACCCGAUUCGAACUCUCACCCGAGUUUCUUGAAGAACUUUAUUCGGAAAUAGAUCCCGCGACGCUAAUGCGUAUUCAUAAGCAGCUCACUCUAUCAAUCAAAGAGUUAAUUACGCCGAAACGUAAAUCACGACGGGGUCAAACUCCGCGUCCUCAGAAUUCAUUCGUGUUAUAUCGUCGAGAUAUGCAGGCGAGAUUAACAAAAGAUAAAGGUCCAAAAAUUGGUGCUAAUUUGCCUUUUGUUUCGAAAAUUGCAUCGAAAAGUUGGAAAAAAGAACCGCAAGAGGUUAGACAAGUGUAUGAGGCUCUCGCAGAAUUAGCGAAAAAAGUUCAUUUAGAAGUUCAUCCGGAUUAUGUUUAUAAACCGAAAAAACGCAGAGAUAAAAGAUCGACAAGAUUCGAUUUUGAUGUGGAGACUAAUAGUAAUAAUAGUAAUGACGAUAGUUUAUCACAAUUACAGCCACAGCAACAAGAUUUCUCCCUUCUCCGAGAUGAUUCAUACAAUAUUACUCAGAAUUAUACGUAUUCUCAAGAAUCAAACGAAUUUGUUCAUUCGUCAAGUAAUUUACCUUCUUUUUCCACUUUAACCACUUUAUUAAGAUCACCAUCUCCUCCACACAUGACUAAUUAUUAUAGCGGUGGCAAUAAUAAUGGAGAAUUAGUUCACGAACUUGAAAAAAUGGCAAUAAAUGAUGAGCCAAUAUAUUUUAAUUCUCCAAUACAACAACAGCAAAAAUUUGAUAAUUAUAAAAGAAUAUUAUGUAACGAGAUCAAUUGCGAUGAGCAACUACGAAAUUUGAAAAUCAUAUUACCGCAAAUUGAAUCUGUGAAAAAAAUUGAAAUAAGUGAUCCUUAUGGUCGUGGUCUGUGUAAAUUACUCGGUGCACCCUAA